AUGGAGGAGUGCCCCUCUAAGAGUCCUGAAAAAUCUAGUCCUAGCUUCCCUGAAGAUGCCGAAGACGAUGAUGAAGAUAAUGGUGAGAUCAUUGGCUACCAAAUGCGUUCACCAGACAGGAAUUUAGCGGACCCAAACGACAUUAAUGAUGGGCCAAAUGAUGUUACAAUGGUGGCCGAUGAUGAUGAUGAGCCAAAUCGGCCAUCAUCAUGCGCAGUGGAUAGCCCAAGACAUCCUGCCGAUCCUUCCGACAAGAAGGUUCAUUGGACUAAUGCCAACAUUCAGACCUUGCUUGAUUAUGUGGAAAAACAUCUUGAAGAAUUUAAUGUUCACAAAAAGCAUAAACAGGUUUGGCAGGCAAUUGGGUCGGAAAUGGAACAUCUUGGCUUCACGACUGAACAUUGUUACAAUAAAUGGAAGAAUUUGAGACGAGAUGUUCGCCUUUUAGUCAACAAUCCUCAAAAGGCUGUCAGGAACGCUGACAUUCUUAGGCGAGUGGCUAGACUCAUUCUGAUCAUAUAUCCCAACGUUGACGCAACAACAAUGCAAGUUUGUAGUGACCGAACAGGUAUUCGAUCUACUCCAUGCACUCCUGGAGGUCUAGGAUCCAGCACAGUGAAGUCUCUUCCUACGAUGGCACAUCCUCCCGAUUCUCCUGCAUUCCACCGUCUGGCAAACUGCACCACUCCAAGGUCUUCUACGCCUUCUCAUUACUCAAAUACUCCUCAUACAUUGGACCACAAACCCUACACAAAUGGAUUACAUAGUUCAAAUGAUAAUCCCGUUCCUGGCACUGUGCUCUUCACAAAUCUUGGUCCGAACAACCCGCCAUCGGUCAAUAAGUUUAUCAAUAUCAGCCCUAACGAAAACACAAACAAUUCCGCCCGGGUCGCCCCCGCUGUCCUUACCUCAGCUAACCAAUCGUCGUCCCCUGAAGUUGACACCGUUUCCCAGACUCAGCCUAAUCUACCCUUCUUGUUCAGUCCUGCGGCAGCAGCUCUUCUUGUGCAAUCUCAGUUCUUCACUGAUCUCAUACGCCAACAGCAGCGAGUAAAUGAAACGGAAUCCGCUCAAUCUACCAACGGUCAUCCUUCACACACUCCCGAUCUCAUUCCUAUCUCUACCAUCCUACAAGCAGGAGUGCAAUCUGUAAAUGGUUCAGGCCUUCAUGGCGGAGGCAGUCUCCCCGCCGUUUCCUUAGCUGCUACUCUUCUUAAUGGGCUGGUUGGGAGUAAUGCCCCUUCAUUGAGCUCCAAUGAAGAUGUCUCUGUCGGUACUAGUGUCGGCAGCUCCGCUACAAACGGUCUAAUGGUCAAUGUUAAUGCUUUAAAUGGGCUUGUGACAAGCAACGGUUCUGGUGAGUUGAACCUUCCUUCCUCUACCUCGAGUAGAAUGUCAAUCGAUCCCACCUGCCCUCUCUCUGUUCAUACCUCUUCAAUGACUACUAUAUCUGCUGCCGCUGCCGCCGCUAGUAUUCUGGAGCGUAUCCCUCCCGGAAGUGAGUUGGCUUGCGUAGUCGAGCGUUUGCGGGACGAAGAAGCAGUGCAUGUACGCCUAACCGAUAUGGUCGCCCACAUAGCAGAUGAGUUGAGAGCCGCUGGGCAAAGGAGACAAGCUGCGUUGGAGCAAUUGCUGACCCUCGUAAAAGCAGGCAGUGUCGUUGUCAGUAGUAAUAGUGGCGGGACUCGGCUGAAUAACGGAACUGGUGCUAAUUUGAAUUCUCUGUUCCAUGGCCAGACAGCUACUGCUGAUACUGGAGGAAUGGCGUGA